UGCCGAACCGUCUCUGACAGAAUGAAUCGAACAGCAAUAUAUUCAAGACAUUUGAGGAUAGGAUGGGCCAACCCUACAGAGAGAGAGUCACUCCCAAACAAACAAAGCGCCCCGGCCACACGAUCAGCACAGAUCGUCUAGAAUUCAAGGGCUGCCUCGGAGGCCUCAACUAGCCCGGAGCCGCCUCUCCUUGGGAGGUCGGGGACCAUGCCUGUCGAUUCCGGGUCUCAUGAGGCAGCCACGGUUCCUAGUGAGCUGCCAGAGGAACCAGCCGCAGCGAAAGGGAAUUUAGUUGGUGUACCAGGAACAUUGGCCGUGCCUGCGCUGCAGUAUACAAGCUGCAGUCUUACUCUGCAUAAUGCACACAGAAUGCACUCUGGCAUCCUCAAGAAAACCACAGUCGAUAGUCCUGCACCAUCCACAGGAGAAUCAACCUACCCCCAAAGCAACCGAUGCAUCAACUCGUCACUCAAUGGGAAAUAUGCCGGGGUAUCUAAUAUGGUUGGGAACCGGCCAAUUCCACGUCAAAAAAAGAAUCAUAUUCCUCAUACAGCCGUGCAUCCGCAACUGAUCUGGCCAAAGGGAACCACGGCGGAUUUGAUAUCGGACAAGCGGAAGAACGACGUGGUCAGAGGCAUGCUACUACGGUUGCAAAUGGCCCCGCAGUGACUACCGCAGGUACUGCGCUACGCCUGCGCUACGCCUGCGCUACGCCGGUGCUGAGGCGGCAGGAGGCAAUGAGAGG